CCCAAGUCGGUGAGCGCGGCCUCCUGUGCUCUUUUAACUCCUGCUUUCGUCGUCUGUGUGGUCCGGCCACCCCUCUUCCCAGCUCGGGAUCGCGGAGGGCCCUGCACUAGGGCACCUAGCGGGGGGAACUGGGACAUCCCCGUCUGUGGGCCGGUGGUGGGACCCACCUGUCUCCACAGGCCUCCACAGUUUCUCCCUGAGAAACCGUCACCAGAUACACCGUCGCCAGGACUUCCUGGGGCACCCGCGCUGUUCUGGAAAACUAGAAAAGUUUCCUUUUUGGUCACUCACCACUGGUCCCAUGGCUGCCAUGCAGAUGGAUCCUGAGCUUGCCAAACACCUCUUCUUUGAAGGGGCCACUGUGGUCAUCCUGAAUAUGCCCAAGGGGACAGAGUUUGGCAUUGACUACAACUCCUGGGAGGUGGGGCCCAAGUUCCGGGGUGUGAAGAUGAUCCCUCCGGGCAUCCACUUCCUCCACUACAGCUCUGUGGACAAGGCCAAUCCCAGGGAGGUGGGCCCCCGUAUGGGCUUCUUCCUUAGCCUGCAGCAGCGGGGGCUGAAGGUCCUGCGCUGGGAUGCAGUCCAGGAAGAGGUAGACCUGUCUCCAGCCCCAGAGGCUGUGGUGGAGGCCAUGAGGGCCAACCUCCAGGAGCUGGACCAGUUCCUGGGACCUUACCCAUAUGCCACACUCAAGAAGUGGAUCUCACUAACCAACUUCAUCAGCGAGGCCACAGUGGAGAAGCUCCAGCCCGAGAGUCGGCACAUCUGUGCCUUCUCAGAGGUGCUGCCUGUGCUCUCCAUGAAGUACACCAAGGACCGGGUGGGGCAGAAUCUACCCCUCUGCGGCACUGAGUGCAAAAGCUACCAGGAAGGCCUGGCCCGGCUGCCCAAGAUGAAGCCCAGAGCCGGCACAGAGAUCCGCUUCUCCGAGCUGCCCACACAGAUGUUCCCGGCGGGUGCCACGCCGGCCGAGAUAACCAGGCACAGCAUGGACCUGAGCUAUGCUCUGGAGACCGUGCUCAGCAAGCAGUUCCCCCAAAGCCCCCAGGACGUGCUAGGUGAACUCCAGUUUGCCUUUGUAUGCUUCCUGCUGGGGAACGUGUACGAGGCAUUCGAGCACUGGAAGCAGCUCCUGAACCUUCUGUGCCGGUCAGAAGAGGCCAUGGUGAAGCACCACACCCUUUACGUCAACCUCAUCUCCAUCCUGUACCACCAGCUUGGCGAGAUCCCCGCCGACUUCUUUGUGGACAUUGUCUCCCAGGACAACUUCCUCACCAGCACCUUACAGGUUUUCUUUUCAUCCGCCUGCAGCGUUGCCGUGGAUGCCACCCUGAGGCAGAAAGCUGAAAAGUUCCAAGCUCACCUAACCAAGAAGUUUCAGUGGGACUUUGAGGCGGAGCCUGAGGACUGCGCCCCGGUGGUGGUGGUUCUUCCCGAGGGUGUGGGGACUGGCUAACUGGAAAAGGUCUCAGCCAGAGGAGGCCCCUUCCCCACGGCUGCGGUCCUGGCUCCUCCAUUCACCUGUCCUACUGGGACUUACUGGGACAGCAGCCCUGCCAGGUUCUACAAAGAUGGAGCCAGAAUUCCCUCCUUCACCAAUAAAUAAGUUCCUUUAGUGCCAGAGAGGCUGUACCCCAUCUAGAAGGCACAUUUGUGGGUUCCCCGUCAGCCUGGCCUUGGUGCUAUAACCUAACUGAAUUCCAAAUGGGCUCUUGGGAGAGACCUGCCUCAGCAGCAGCUUGCUUCCUUCCAGAAGAGAAGAAGUUGAGCCAAAAGCCCAAGAGAACCAAUCGUUUAUUCCGUAGAAUGGUUAGAAACCCUGGACUGCCCAGGAGUCUGAGAUGUCAGUUGGUGACUUUUUAAAAGUUAAUCAGAGGGUAACGGGGAGAUGAGCCAGGAUUUCUGCCUGCCCCUUGUUGGAUGGGAAUACAUCACAGAAAACAUGGGUGUGUGACCACCCUGGAGCCCCACGUUGGGGAGGGCAUAACAGAAGACAGUUGGGUUGAAUCUGAUGAGUGGUCAGCUUUUGCUUUAAGUCCCUUUCUCCUGUCCAGAGGUCCCAGUGGAUAAUCUUUCAAGAUCAUUGCGGCCCCUGACCUCAGAGGCGUUGCUAGUGCCACACCCCUCCCAUCUGCUCUGUUCUGAGGCCUCAGACCCAGAAGUGGACCUUGGCAACCCUCUUGUAUGGCCCUAUUCCUCACCAGAGCCACCACGAGUGUUUCUGAUGACCUGGAGAUUCAACAACAAAGAGAAAGGUUCUUGCUCUGUACAGGCUUCUUUGGCCCUGUUGAAGCUCUGUGCCUUUAUUCAGAGCUCCAGAGAUGACCUGGUCAGCCUGGGUCUGCCCCCCCGUCCUGCUGUGGGGCUGCCAGCCACAGGAGUGCUCUGGUUCCCUGGGAGUCCUGAGGGCUCGCGCAUCGUGCACACAGGCCCUGCCACCCUGACCUCGAACUGUUGUCCUGUGAUCGGAGUCCCUGUGCUGCUCUCUCCCAAGGCUGCGGCUCACACUAGGUUUCUGAAUAAGAAUCCCCUCCGGUUAAGACUUUCGGUUCCACUUGUCUCCUUGGAAUUGUUUUUCCAAGAGCAUAACAUACAUUAAAGUUUUGGAGUUGAGACUAAA